GUGACAGCUGAUUUCUAUUGUGAUAAACAUAAUUUUUUUGUACCCAACGCAUAUAGAGAAGUAUCAAUUUAGCCUGUAGUUUUUUCCUUUGUUUUUUAAUGCGCACUGCAUGCAAGAAUGUCGCUGCAAACGGCCCUGGGCUGUAUUCUCACCGUAUUAGCAUCUGUUAGUAUUGUGGCUUCCAUUAUUUUGUUGGGCUGGUUAUUGAUCUGGAAGGCAUUUCUAUCAAAAUUUCGUCUUGUGCGUGAACUGCUGGGUCAGGAAGAGCCAGAGGAGCAGCAGCAAGUGGUGUGGGAGCAGCAGCAUCAGCAAGGAAGAGCACGCAAGGCACGCCGCGAUUGA